AUGCUCGAUUGUACCUCAGAGUCUGAGAACGCAUCUUUUAACUAUUUACAGCCAAACGAGUCUACCGGCGAUUCGACUUUGCUCGCAGAAGCCAGGAACUCCCAAUUACAAGAGGAUAAUGCUUCACUCGUCAAAGAAUUAAAUGUUUUGCGUGCACAGUUCGAGCAAGCUGUUGCUCUUUCACAGAAAACUGUAGAAAUUCGUAAAGAGAACGAUAAUCUUAAAAAUCAAAUAUUAGAACUCAAUUCUCAAAAAGAAGACGCUUUACAUCGCUUAGAAAUAGCAAUUCGUACUAAGAACGAAGCCUUACAACAAUUAGAUGAAAAGACACAAAAAGAUUCACAGCAAAGGCAAGCAGAUGUUAAUGCAAUGCAAAAAGAGAUGGCAAAAACAAAGAAAGCAUUUCAGAACCAGUUAGAUAAACUAUACACAGAAAAUCAAAAAUUACAGAACAGAAAGGAACAAGAUGAGAUCCUACAAAAAACUUUAGUUGGAAAAAUCGAAAAAUUAGUUACAAACUCCGCUCGUUACUUUGGAAGGCAAAUUAGCAACAUUGAUGAUCUCACUGAGAUAUUUGAGAAAGAAGUUUUCCCAUCAAUCCAGCAAAAUGACCAAGAACAAAAAACACAAAAAAUUAAAGCUCCAAAAACAGAACAAGAGAGUCCAAGUAAGUACAAAGAAUUACACAUGAAAUAUAAGACAGCCAGAGCUGACAUCAAAGCCUUCAAUCAGAGAUUACAAGACUUAUUAAAUCAAUUAUCAAAGAAAGACCAGGAAAUCAACGCAAUUAAUCGCCAGAAUACGCAACAAAUCAAUGCCCUGAAAGAGAAAAUCACAUUGGCAGCUGAAGAAAAGCAAAAUCUUACUUCAACGUAUAAUAGAAAUUUACAUAAACUCGAAACAAAGGUUUUGCAGCUUAAAAACGACCUCCAAAAGGCUAACAACGAGAAGCAGACACCAAGCCAACCACAAAUGGCCCAACAACCCGUUCAACAACAGCCAAUAAUUAAAUAUGUCCAAGUUCCUGUCCAACAACCAAAUACUCAGCCUCAGAACCCUACAAAUAAUGCAGACACAGCUGUUAUUGAGCAAAUGACCAUCAGAAUUCAAGAUCUCCAAGGAAAAUUAGAUAAAUCCAACAAAAAUUGUGAAGAUCUCCAAAGAAAAGUUGAUCAGAUGAACAAGAAGAACGAAGAUCUCAUCAUUUCCCACGAAGGCGACAAGAAUAAUCUUAAAUCUCUCCAAAUUGUCCACGAACAAACAGUUAAAGAGCUCGAAACAGUCAGAACAUCACUCAGAACGAGAGACCAAGUACCAAAGAAGUGCCAGAAGUGCAAAGAUUACCACAGAAUUGAAAACGAAAACAAUUCUUUAAAAGCAGUUGUUGAAAAACUCGAAAAAUCAACAUUCGAAGCCCAUCUUAGUAAUGAAAAGCUCAAACAAGAGUUGAGUGAUUCCCAGGAGAAGCUCAAAGAGCAAGAGAAACAAAUUUUGUCAUUAGAAGAGAAAAACCGCGAUUUACAAAACGAUACAAAAGAAAUGGAAGCCAAAAUUUCAUCAUUUGUUGAGAAGAAAGAUGAAGAUUUCAUGCCACCAUCUGUAUGGACUAACUGUAAUUUCGAUGACACAUUAAAUCGCCAAAUCCAAAAGAUUGCGAAUAAUGAACAAUUAUCAAGUCAAAGCAAAUUACAGAACAUCUACAAACAGAUAGAAAAAUACAUAUACAGGAAUACCCUGGAAAUGAAAGAACAAGUUAACAACAGUUCACUAGAAAUGGAAAAACUGUUUGAUUUAACAAAAGAUUUCUUUGUUUCUUUGUGUAUUUCUUUAUACGAUGAACCUAUUUCUUUCGAUGAAUUCCUGACAAACAAUACAACAAAAACUAAAGUAAUCGAAACUGUCAGAGAAUUAAGAAACAAAAUAACAGAACUUUUAAGACAAAAUGAAUCUGUAAAAAGUGUUUUCAGAACUCUUUGUCACUUUUACAAAGUUGAUGAAGAAGAUUUUGUUGAAUCAACAAAAAGAAUAAUGGCAUUCCAUGAUGAUGAAGUUGCUGCUCACAACAAAAUCAAAGAAAAACUUAUAAACAUCAAGAAAUCUUCAAAAGAAAUGAUCGACCAACUAAAAAGUGACAACCAACAGUUAUCUCUCAAUUUCGAUCAUUUGAAAGAUGAUUAUGAAGAUCUUAAAACGGAGAACAACAAGUUACAAGACCAGAACAAGCAGAUGAAGAAAGAAAUCGAGAAGAUGAAAGAAACAAAUCAAUUAUUAAAUGACAAAGUUGAAGAUUUAGAAGAAAUCAACCAAGAAAUGAAAGAAAACAAUGAAAAGAUGAUUAACAAUGAAAAACAAAAACUAGAAGAACAAUAUAAGGAAGAAAUACAAGAAAAUGAAUCUCAAAUCAAUGAUUUAACACAAACAAAUGAGAAACUAAACAAUGAAUUACAAAAUAUGAAGAAAUUACAUUCUGUUUUUGUUGAUUCUUCAAAAGAAAAAGAAGAAGAAAACGAAAAGAAAUUAAAGGUUUUGCAAAAAUCAAUUGCAGAAAAAGAGAAAAGAUUCGAAGAAGAAAAGAACUCUAUAAUAAAGAGUUACGAACAAGGAAAUGAAGAACUGAAGAAACAAUGCGAUGAACAUAGAGAAGAUGUAAUUCGUCUUUCAAAGGAAAUCUCUUGCAAAGAGAAAAUGAUAAGAGAAAUGAAAGAUAAGUUCAUCGAAUUGCAGAGGAACAAGAAGAGUUUGGAACACCAGAUUAAAACAAAUGAAGAAGAAAUGGAAAGAGAAAGGAAAAUCAAAGAAGCUGAAAUUUCUUCAAUUAAAUCUGAAUUUGAUUCCAGAAUUUCAAGCGAAAUCAACAAAGUCAAAGAGGAUUUCAUGAGAGAUCAGAGAAAGAUGAUUUCUUAUGUUGUUGAUAGAUUCAGAACAAACUACAACGCAAACACAUCUAUUGAUGAAAGAUCUCUAAGAAUGACAGUAAACAAAGCUGCAAAUGAACUUGAGAAAUUCCACCAAUCUGAUGAAAGAAUUCGUCGUUUGAUUGGUGCUCGUCCUUCUCAAUCUACUGAAGAUGCUGUAGCUCAGGCUAUCAUCCAGACAUCAUUUGAUUAA